AAUUGGCUCCGGACAAAAGCACUGCGCGAUCGCUGGAAUGAGGAGGUUAUUCUUGUCAAACAUGAAAUGCAGUGGUCAAUUAAUUUCUUCACCCACAGAGCCAAGCAAUGGCUCUGUCACAUGCACAAUGCUACUUCUGCAGGGCUCACUGGACAUACAUGUUAUGCUGCCAGACAAUCUCACAUAUAUGACCUGCUGGCAGCACAUGCAGAGGAUUCUUUUCGGAAAAUG